GCCGCUGGCGCUGCGCGAACAUGGCCGAAGUCGGCGAGGACAGCGGCGCCCGCGCCCUGCUGGCGCUGCGCUCGGCGCCCUGCAGCCCCGUGCUGUGCGCCGCGGCCGCCGCCGCCGCCUUCCCCGCCGCCGCCGCCGCCGCGCCCCCGCCCGGGCCGCCGCCCGCCGCGCCGCCGCCGCCGCCGCCGCCGCCGCCCGGGCCGCCGCCCGCCGCGCCCCCGCCCGGGCCGCCGCCGCCGCCGCUGCCGCCGCCGCCGGGCGCGAUCGCGGGCCCGGGGCCCGGCGCGGGCGGGGGCGCGGGCGCGGGCGCGGCGCCGGCGCUGGUGGCCGCGGCGGCCGCCUCGGUGCGGCAGAGCCCGGGGCCGGCGCUGGCGCGGCUCGAGGGCCGCGAGUUCGAGUUCCUCAUGCGGCAGCCGAGCGUCACCAUCGGCCGCAACUCGUCGCAGGGCUCGGUGGACCUGAGCAUGGGCCUGUCCAGCUUCAUCUCGCGGCGCCACCUGCAGCUCAGCUUCCAGGAGCCGCACUUCUACCUGCGCUGCCUGGGCAAGAACGGGGUCUUCGUGGACGGCGCCUUCCAGCGGCGCGGCGCGCCCGCCCUGCAGCUGCCCAAGCAGUGCACUUUCCGGUUCCCCAGCACGGCCAUAAAGAUCCAGUUCACGUCUCUGUACCAUAAAGAGGAGGCCCCGGCGUCCCCGCUCCGGCCGCUGUACCCCCAGAUCUCCCCGCUCAAGAUCCACAUCCCGGAGCCGGAUCUCCGGAGCAUGGUCAGCCCCAUCCCUUCCCCGACCGGCACGAUCAGCGUCCCUAACUCCUGCCCGGCCAGUCCACGUGGAGCUGGGUCCUCCGGCUACCGCUUCGUCCAGAACGUGACCUCGGACCUGCAGCUGGCCGCCGAGUUUGCCGCCAAGGCCGCCUCGGAGCAGCAGGCAGACGCGUCCGGAGGCGACAGCCCCAAGGACGAGUCGAAGCCGCCGUACUCCUACGCGCAGCUGAUCGUGCAGGCCAUCUCCUCGGCCCAGGACCGACAGCUCACGCUCAGCGGCAUCUACGCACACAUCACCAAGCAUUACCCCUACUACCGCACCGCCGACAAGGGCUGGCAGAACUCCAUCCGCCACAACCUCUCGCUGAACCGCUACUUCAUCAAAGUCCCUCGCUCCCAGGAGGAGCCGGGCAAGGGGUCUUUCUGGCGGAUCGACCCGGCCUCCGAGGCCAAGCUGGUGGAGCAGGCGUUCCGGAAGCGGCGGCAGCGGGGCGUGUCCUGCUUCCGCACCCCCUUUGGGCCCCUGUCCUCCAGGAGUGCUCCCGCUUCACCCACCCACCCUGGGCUCACGUCCCCUCGUUCCAGCGGCCUGCAGACGCCAGAGUGUCUGUCCCGGGAGGGCUCGCCCGUCCCACAUGACCCUGACCUUGGGUCAAAGUCAGCCUCCGUUCCUGAGUACCGAUAUUCCCAGAGCGCACCCGGCUCCCCCGUCAGCGCCCAGCCAGUGGUCAUGGCUGUGCCCCCCCGGCCGUCCAACCUCGUGGCCAAGCCGGUGGCCUACAUGCCGGCCUCCCUCGUGACCUCGCAGCAGCCCUCGGGCCACGCGAUCCACGUGGUGCAGCAGGCCCCCACCGUCACCAUGGUCCGCGUGGUCACCACUGCUGCCAGCUCCGCCAACGGGUACAUCCUCACCAGCCAGGGCUCGGCCGGGGGCCCCCACGACGCAGUGGGCUCGGCCGUGCUGGACCUGGGCGGUGAAGCCAGAGGAUUGGAAGAAAAACCCACCAUUGCAUUUGCCACAAUCCCUGCGGCCAGCCGGGUCAUUCAGACGGUGGCCAGCCAGAUGGCCCCUGCGGUCCCGGGACACACGGUCACCAUCCUGCAGCCGGCCGCCCCCGUGACCAUCGGGCAGCACCACCUCCCCGUCCGCGCCGUCACUCAGAAUGGAAAGCACGCAGUGCCUACCAACAGUUUAGCCGGCAGCGCUUACGCCCUCACCAGCCCUCUGCAGCUGCUCGCAGCCCAGGCGAGCUCGUCCACGCCGGUGGUGGUCACACGGGUGUGCGAGGUGGGGCCCGAGGAGCCAGCAGCAGUGGGCGUGGCCACAGUCACCGCCACCACCACCCCGGCCACCACCACCACCGCCUCUGCCUCUCCCACCGGGGAGCCCGAGGUCAAAAGGUCCCGGGUGGAGGAGCCCAAUGGGACUGCAGGCGCCCAGGCGGGGGGCAGCACAGCUGCCAGCCCCCCGGGCCCUGGCACCGGCGAGUGACGUCACGGCCCGCGGAGUGGGACUCACGCCAACAGCAACUCCCGAGCCGGGCCCGACUCUGCCAACGGCUGCACUGGGACCGAGGAGAAAGCGCUGCCGCUGCUGCUGCCCGCCCACGGCCCGUGCUGCGCGGGCAGGCGGCCACCCGCCGCCCGGCACGCUCGGCCCUUCCCGUCCCUCUCCCAUCCUCCCGUGGUUCAGACAAAACAUAAAUGCGUUCAGACCCCGACUGUGUACCCUGGGAUUCUUUGUCUCUGUUUCUUCUCCCCCGGCACCACCUUCUCGCCCCAGGCCUGUCUGCCCAGCGUGGGGAGAAGGCAGCAGCCCGGACCCCAACGAAAGCAGCAAGAGGAGGCCGCCGCCAGCAGGAAGCCCCUGGCCCAGCGUCCCGUGUGGACAGAGCAGCCCUCGCCCCCCAGGAGGACAGAACUGAACCGCAGCGUGGCCAGGCCGAAGCCUUGCCCAGAAGGAGGCGAGGGGCCGUCCCUGCGUGCACAGGGCUGGCGCGGGCAGGAGAGGCGGGGCGUCUCCCUGGAAGCCGCAGAGAAAGGAUCAGCAUUACUUGGGAGGUGGGCGGGCGGUCCGAUUUGGCCUUGGACCCCGCGUUUCCUGUUUGGCUCACACAUGGCAUUGAAGCUCCCCAUACCCCUGAGACGGGCACCCUGGGGACGCGGAGUUUCUGAGCUUUCCGUCCACACGGCCCGGGGUUCUGGCCCCGGUCCGGCGCUCGGCAGGGAGCCCACCGCUCUGUGUUAACUCCAAGAAAGGCGGGUGGCUUCCCGCAGGGGCCCUGCAGGUGCGGCUCCCUGGAUGGAAGGUGAGCCCAGGGCCGGGGCUGGGCGUCCGCCUGCUGCACUUCGUCGUCUGGAAGAGUGGACGGGAGCCGAGGGCUGCAGCCGUCCCCAGAGCCAGCUCCCUCGCCCCUCCUCCGGCCGUCGCUGCGGCGUGGGAAUGGUUGCUUCAGCCUCGAGCCCAGGAUCCCUGGUCGAUCAGCGGAAAGAAAACUACCUCCCACGCCCCUCGUGCCCGCCCGGCUGGGUUUGCUUCUGACAUCGUGAGAAACGGAAGACAGGACGCUGAGGAAGUCGCGUGAGCUCCGGCCGGGAGCAGGAGUCGAGCCACAGCCUCCCCGAGACUUCUGGAAGGGACCCCACGCUGCCCGUGGCCACAGCCGGAAGCAGCGCCGCCUCCGACCCCUGCUGAGAAAGCCAGAGCCCUCCGGUGCCUGCACAGUGAGGGGCCGCAGCAUCCCGCCCGAGGUGGGCCGUGCCGGUGUGUGCGGGUCGGACGUGUGAAGUCGGCUGUCCGUGACGUGCGCGUGGGCCGCCCUGUGUGGGGUUUCAGAGGACGGGGGGCGGGAGGGGCAAGCCAGGCAAGCCGCCGUGCACACCGUGGCUGGUGUGUGUGUGUGUGUGUGUGUGUGUGGCCGGGUGCGCGAGGGCAGAGUGAGGGGGGUUCCAGUGCGGCUCAGGUCAGAGCACUGCCCGUAGUGCUGGCCGCGUCCCUCCCUCCCUCACUGUGACGUACCCCGGAGCUGGCGGGGGCUUCUGUGGUCUGGGGGCUCUCUCCCUCGGGGAGGCCACCCUGGUCCACGCGGGGUGCGGACCUGGAGCCCGUUGUCCUCUCUGCUCGCUCGCCCUUGCAUGCCUGGCUUGGGGCAUCCUGGUCCCUGUGCCGUCUGCCAUCCAGGGGAGGGUCUCGCUGCUCGCUCCGGCUCCCGGCACAGCAGGGGCAGCCAGGGCAGACACCGGGUCACGUCGUGGGGCUGCUGAAGGACCAGGAGGAGGGGCUGAGCGAGGCUCAUGCCCUGGGGGCUCGGCUCAGCUCAGCCGGCUGGGGCCAAGGCCCAAGCUGUUCUCCUCUGGGUUCGUCAGCAGGAGGUCUUCCAAGGGUUUUUGGUCAUCUGACUGGGUCGUGUGCCUGGCUCACGCUAGAGCCUGACCUGGAACUGUGGCCAGAGGCCCAGGACUAGCCAGAGCGCCUGGCCCGAGGAGGUGACUCCAGCCAGAGGCCCCCCAGUGCCUAGUGACCACACGAGGGCCUCCCAGCCACAGGGAGGAGCCCAGGCCAGGGGACCAGAAGGCCACGCCCCUCGGCUCUGAGGCGCCCGUGACCGCCCCGCACCAGACAAGGGCCAGCAUGCUGUUUCCAGGAUGGUAGGGGUCAGGGGCAGGUGAGCCUCCUGCCCGCGCCCGUGGUCCUGCUCCCCAGGAGGGAACGGAUUUGCCGGGGCUCCCCCUCCCCUGCAGGCCGCCUGUCCCCAGAGGCAUUCAGCCAAGGCUGGGACCCAGCCACCUGCCCCUGGGCCUCUGUCCCUCCCCGGUCCUAGCAAAGCUCAGCAAAUGCUCCUGACUCCUCCCAAACCAAGCAGGGGCUCCCAGGCGGAGCCGGUGGGGGGAGCAGCCCCCACCCUGGGCGGGGGGGAGCAGGAAUGAGGCUGCGUCUGAGCAAACAAGAAAAUGUGAGAGAAAAAGGAAGGAUUUCCCCCGGCUUUCAGAGGCGAGGAGUCGGUUCUCCACGGGACACUCAGUGCCCACGUCCACCCCGGGGCCCCGCGGAGCCAGGGCGCCCGCACAGGUCACAGAAAUGCUUGUGACUGCAGGCUGGACGGGAGCCCCGUGCACCGCCUGGGAGCCGGGCUGCCGGAGGCCGGUGCCAGGACCUCCACCAGGGCUCGAGGCUGGUAAUGGCCGUGACUUAGGCUGCACCUGCCGCCCUGGGGACAGCGUGGCUCCACCUUGGGGGUGCGUGUGGGACAGGCUCGGGCGCACGUUCCCCGCCGGCCCCCACCUGUGUCUCCCACGGCGUCCCCCGUGUCUCUGAGCUCUCCCUCUGCCCUUGUGUCUGUCCCCAAUUCGGGUUUUCAACGCUCAGGACGUGGUUCGCAGCAGCCACACGCUGAUGCUGUACUAGAGUUUGGUGCAGGACACCUGCUGCUUGCGAUUUCAUCCCCUACCAAAGCUGCUACCCUUGGUGACCGGGGAUCGGCGCUCUGCCGGCGUCCCGGCUGCCCCAGCCUCUGUGGGCAGACUUCCCGCGCAUGGCCUGGGUGCCGCGGGCCGGGUGCGUCCGGAGAAGGGACCGUCCUGCCUGGAUCUGCUCGCUUUGCCCCCACCCCACCCCUGAAGUUCCGGCUGCUUGGGAGAGGGUUUUGAGGUAAAACCAUUUUUUCUGAACUGAAAUAACCAACGGACCCACCUCACAGACUCUGUUUAGGGAAAAUGCUCUCACGAAAGUCCUCGCGGGUUGCCUGCGUCCUCUCCUGGGGGCAGGACUUGGUCCAGCUCUGCUGCUGGAGCGGACGCUGCAGAACCCUGUGCAGGUGCCGCUGGGCAUGUGGGGUGCAUGGGAGCCCCGGGGCUGGUGGGAGUCCGUGGGGGCGAACACAGAGGAUGAAGGCAGCUGGAGAGGCAGAGGAGGGCGGGCAGCAGGAGGCCCCUGUCCCCCCACGUGGCGGAUCAGCCCAGGCAGGACGGCUGCAGCCAGUGCUCCGGGCGCUCUUGCCCACCGCAGGGCAGGCCUGGGGUGCACCGCCUUGGCCCGAGCCUCGGGGUCCCGGGCCGGUUCUGGGCUGAGCACUCGCUGUGUCAUAGGCAGCUUCCCGAGGGCUUGCUCCUCCUUGGCAACUGACCGCUGCCCUCACAGUCAGAAAGUAGCGAGAAGACCGAGGGUCCGGAGCAGUGGCCCCUGGCUGAGGGGGACCCUCCAGGGGCCAGCGGCAGCUGCAGGGGCUGUGGCAGACCCCAAGUCCCUCUGUCACCUGUUUGCCUCCUGCCCUGUUACCUUCAAAGUCAGAAGAGUCUGGGACCAUCCCAGUGCUUACGGGUGCUCUGCUGUGCAUGGGGCACGGGGCCCAGGGUGGCCCCCGGGCAAAGACCCUGUCCUGGGAGCAGCUUCUAGAACUGUCCGCCAAGGGUGUCGGCUGAGCCGGAGUAAGAGCCGUGACUCUACAUAAGUAGCCGUUUUAUUGUCAUGAGUUUUCCCCGUGCACGAGGCUCACCGGCCAGCGUGGAUGUGAAACUGUGCCACGGCUCCACGUUGUCGGGUUAGCUGGUCCACGUUCGUUCUCCUUCUUCUUUUUUAAAUCCAUAAGGAUGGGGGUUUCAGAUAACACGUUAGGCCCCCUCUGCCCUCCAUGUCCCCCUUCAAGGUGGCUUCACUUCUGUGUCGGGAGGAGCGGCGGGCGCUGUGUCCCGGGUCUGUCCCCAGACUGAGCUGUGUCCCACAGGCCCACGUGCGGGAGGGAGACUUUUUGUUCCUUACCUGAACGAGGAUUCUCCUGUAAAAAUAAUUCGGGGGGAGGGGCGGGUGUUCAGGCUGAGUGUGUGCGAGAGUGUGCGAGUGUGUAUGAGUGUGGUUUUUUUUUUUACAGUGACGUAUUUUUUUUUUCACAAUAUGUCUAAUCAGCGCUUUAAAAAGCAGUGGUAUCCUAGCAGGCGGGCACCUUGGUUCCAGGGCUCGGGCCAUGCGGGUCCAGUCCCGGCACAGCGCCCACCCCACGCCCACGGCCGCCCACACCGGCACUCGGGACAGAAAGCCGCCAGGCCCACGCCGGGUGCCUUCUCACUUCCGUGGGCUACAGUGUUUUUUUUUUUUAAUAAGGAGCCAUACGUUUUUUAAAAAAAAAAAAAUUCGAGCUCUGAAUGUGAUUUCUAAUUGUAUCAGACGUUAAUGUUUUAAAGCUAUAACGAAGUUUAAAAUUUCUACCUUUUCCAUUUAUUUUAACUGUUCUUUUUAUCUAUUAAAUUGUUGGAUGUGGAUGGGGAAGUUUUGUUUCUCCUCUUAGCAUUUGUUUCUAUAACCAGAAAUAAAAUUAUCUAUGAAAGAAACGA